AUGCCCUUCCCGAACGUCUUCUCUCGGAGCAACACGGAUCCGCCGCCCAAGAAAGAACCACCCGCACCGGCCCCUCCAAAGCGCAAAUCCACCUUCGAGCAGGAAUUCCACCAGUUCCCAGAGUUCCAUCGCCGGGACACAGGGCACUUUACGGUCCACAAUGGGAAUCAGGUCGUCUACUCGCCGCCGAAGGACCAGGCCGACACGAAGCAGUCGAGUAUCGGCAAGGUGCCGCUGAGUGAACGUCAGCAAUGGAUCUACAGGCAGCAAUGGGCGCAGGGAUGA